AAAGCAGGCACAUAAGCCUUAAAUCUGGAUGAAAAGACUGACUAAAGACCAAAAACUUCACCAUAACGCACUGCUUCUGUCAGUCAUUUUAGGUUUUUAUCAUUAUGACUUCACAGGCAUUUAAUUGACAUAUCUUAAAUGUUUUUUAUCAUGUGAUAUGGAUAUACAAGAACCUUGUUGAUUUUUUCCCCUUCCAAAAAUACAACAACUAAACAGACUUUGUUAAAAAGAUUUUUUUUUUUUUUUUUUUAAAGGAACAAGUGUAUAGAAAAUUUGUCACAAUGGCACUGGACACUGAGUUUGGUGUGAAGGGCAGCAGCAUCAUCAGGGAAUGGAGUGGACAGGUCCAGCCCGCUCUGGUUGCCUCCUUCGUUUUCCUCUUCUGUCUGGAAGCCUGUCUGUGGGUCAGGAACCUCCGGCUCAAGAAAAGACUGCCGGGACCUUUCGCCUGGCCUGUGGUGGGCAAUGCCAUGCAGCUGGGCCAAAUGCCUCACAUCACCUUUGCCAAGCUAGCCAAAAAGUACGGCAACGUGUACCAGAUACGACUAGGCUGCAGUGAUAUUGUGGUUCUGAAUGGAGACAGGGCUAUACGUCAGGCUCUCAUACAGCACAGCACAGAGUUUGCAGGCAGACCCAAUUUUGUCUCUUUCCAGAUGAUCUCUGGAGGCAGAAGUAUGACAUUUACUAAUUACGGCAAACAGUGGAAAGCGCACAGGAAAAUAGCCCAGUCCAGCCUCAGAGCCUUUUCCUCUGCGAACAGUCAGACCAAACGAGCCUUUGAGCAACAUAUUACAGCUGAGGCCAUGGAACUGGUGCAGGCAUUUUUGCGCAACAGCACUGAUGGGCGGUACUUUGACCCUGCUCAUGAAUUUACAGUAGCUGCUUCUAAUAUCGUGUGUGCUCUCUGCUUUGGGAGGCGAUACGGACAUGAGGACCUGGAGUUCAGGACCCUGUUAAAAAAGGUGAACAAGUUUGGAGAGACAGUAGGGGCAGGUAGCUUGGUAGAUGUCAUGCCUUGGCUUCAGUCCUUCCCUAACCCAGUCCGCAGUGUCUAUGAAAACUUCAAAAAUCUCAACGAGGAGUUUUUUGCCUUUGUGAAAGAUAAAGUGGUGCAGCACAGAGAGUCGUUCAACCCUGAUGUGACCCGGGACAUGAGCGACGCCAUCAUCAAUGUGAUCGAACACGGGAAGGACAGCGGACUGACCAAAGAGUUUGUCGAAGCAACAGUCACAGAUCUGAUUGGAGCAGGUCAGGACACUGUGUCAACUGUCAUGCAGUGGAUCAUCUUGCUUCUGGUCAAACACCCAGACAUGCAAGCCAAACUUCACGAGCUCAUAGACAAAGUAGUAGGCCAAGACAGACUGCCAUCAGUUGAGGACAGAAGCAGCCUGGCAUACCUGGAUGCCUUCAUCUAUGAGACCAUGCGCUUCACCAGCUUCGUCCCCGUCACCAUCCCACACUCCACAACCUCAGACGUUACUAUUGAAGGUCUCCACAUUCCCAAAGACACAGUGGUCUUCAUCAAUCAGUGGUCUGUCAACCAUGACCCUCUGAAGUGGAAGGAUCCACAUAUCUUUGACCCCUCACGCUUCCUUGAUGAAAACGGGGCCCUCGAUAAGGACAUAACCAACGGCGUGAUGAUUUUCUCACUGGGUAAAAGACGCUGCAUCGGUGACCAGAUUGCCAAGGUGGAGGUGUUUUUAUUCACAGCCACCUUGCUGCACCAGUGUAGCUUUGAGUGCGACCCCUCUGAGUCCCUCACUCUUGAUUGCUCCUAUGGGCUCUCACUGAAACCCCUCCGAUUCUGUGUCAAUGCCAAGCUCAGGGGAAAGCUGCUUGGCUUAGUUUCCCCAGCAUGAACAGCAUGUCCCAGUACUGUGGCCCAAGGCCAGCAAACACUUCCCCACCAAUGACAUUUAACAGUAAGUAUCAACAUACAAUACCUGCACUAAAUCCUACUGUUGCCAGAUUUUCAUAUUUAAUAAUCAUAUUUAAUGGAUAUCUUAACAUGGACUGUAUUUGAAGUAUUGUUGGUGCAGGGCUGAUUUAAAAGAUAUAAUGAUAACUACAGGUAGAAUUCAAGGUUGUGGACUGUUGGGAUCAGGGCAAAAGUAUUAAAUUUCUGCUUCUCAAAAUAUUCUAUACUUGAUCAGAUUUUGUACAUAAUUCUGAGUUGUGUUUCACAUCCACUAUUGAGCAUGUACAUGUAUGAUGUGUGUACGGGAUUUAGCUACUUACUUUUAAUGUCAAUUUAAACUAAUAUAACUGUGUAUGAAAUUCUUGUGAAUGUUAUAAAGCCACUUGAUGACUCAUUGUUCUCAAUUGUAAUAUGUAAGAAUAUAUUUAACCUUUGCCACGUAAAGCAGUUAUAAAAUAUUUUUUUAUAAUUUCAUAUUUCAGGUAUGACAAUAAAUGUAAUGAAAUGUUAUGUAUUUCACUAUCUACUGUACUCAAAGCAUAUGAACACAUUAAACAAAUAAUGCUGAUCAAAGUGUAAAAAGAAAAAGCUGGCAUGUUCGUGAAGGAGGAAUUCUUUCAUCAAGGGACAUCCAUCACAGUCUUAAGGAUGAAGAAGAGACAUUGUCAUGAACCAUGAAGACGUCACAAACUUUAUGCACCCAGGGUUUCAGUUUUACUGUACAAGCACUGCAGCUACCCAAUGUCAAACACACAAGUCUCAUCACUACAACAAAAACACAUGUGCAGCAAAUUUCUGUCACUCAAGAGGCAUUCUCAAAAACAUGUUUGUUUACUAAGUAACUUUGUGAAAGUUGAUGGAUGUACAUGGAUGUCACAGCACUCUCUUUAAGCCUCUGAAUUCAGGAAUUGAUGUUACAAUACACAAGGGAUGUGUUCCUCUGCCUGUGUCAAGGCAACACAUUAAAGUCAGACAGCCUUGGAGGUUUAAGCAUUCAUCAUAGCAGAUAUCUUGUUAUGAAUGUGUUGAUUUUAUAUGAUGGAAAAGUUGAAAAAUAAGCUAUAUCUGAAAUUAAUAAAGUGAAAUGUCAAUGGUC